AUGGAUCAAAGAUUAGAAAAGCUUGAACAGCUCCAAAAAGAGAUGCAAGACCAAAUGCAAGAGCGGCUGGAAAAAAUUCAGCAAGAUUUAGCAGAAAAGAUAGCGGAGUCCCAAAGAAGCAUGAUGACUCAGCUAACACAACUUUUAGUUGGGGGAAAUGACAAAGGAAAGGACCCCAUAGUUAAUGUUGAAGAAGGAGAUAAUGAUGGACCUUUAUACCCUCUAGACUUUACUCCUCCACAUGUACAGCCCCAAGCUGAUAUACACCCACGCAGGUCUUCUGUUACAAUUAGGCCUCAGUCGUUUCAGGCUGGCACCUCAUUACCAAUUAACUUCCAAACUGGGUUAGGUUCUAGCCCCGGAGAGAACCUUACCAAUCCCAUUGUCCCCGAUUUCGACGAAGUGGCUGAGAAAGAGAAAACAAAAGAAGAAUUGCCAAAACAGCUAGAGGAAAUAUGUAAAUGGCUAGAAGAAAAAUUCAGGGCAAUAGAAAGUAUUGAGAAUUAUCAGGGGAUUGAUGCUAAAGACUUAAGUUUGGUCCCGGAUUUGGUACUUCCCCAUAAAUUCAAAAUGCCAGAAUUUAAGAAAUACAAUGGGACCAGUUGUCUUGAAGCUCAUAUUACCAUAUUUUGUAGGCAUAUGACUGGAUACAUUAGCAACGACCAACUGCUUAUACAUUGCUUUCAAGACAGCCUCACAGGGGCAGUAUUUAAGUGGUGCAAUCAAUUAAGUCGUACCAAGAUUAGUUCAUGGAGGGACUUAGCACAAGUAUUUAUGAAGCAAUACAGUCAUGUAGUCGAUAUGGUCCCUGAUAGGAUUACUCUGCAAAAUAUGGAGAAAAAACCUAACGAAAGUUUCAGGCAAUACGCACAAAGAUGGAGGGAGGUUGCCUUUUAG